AGUGUAUUUAUUGUCUUUGAAGUAAAUGACUUAAUAUUAUUUUGAUGUUAUAAAUAUGUAUGAACGUGAAUAUUCGUAUAAAACAUUAAAAGGUAAUUAGUAACCAGAUCGGUGAUUAAUUUCUCUUUUCGCGCAGUCCGAAAUGGCGAAUUGAAAGAACGGCAUUGAACUUGCACUUGUAUUUUCUCAUCCGAUUGAAAUUCCAGACAAAUCGGAAUCCGCCGAAAGUCGUUUAUGGUAAUGAGCAAGUGAUCACGAAAGUUUUUUUUAUGAUCGUUCCUGAUAACAAUAAUGAUGAGAUGCCGUCUAAAUAGUAAAUUGUAUACAUACUGUUACACUUUCAGCAAAUGUAAAUUCGUGUCGGCUUAUAAAUACAAUAGGACAUUAAUUUCGUGGUCGCAGUCGAAAACUUGGAGCACAACAGAACAGUGAUUAUUUAUUUGUGGAUUUUAAGUGAAAGAUGAAAAUAUUUGUGCUCAUUUUACUCGCUAUAGUUUUACUUGAACAGUGUGAUUCACAUCAAACACAAACAAGCAUUUUUAAUUUUAAAGAGGGCGAAGGACUUGGUGGAGUAUGGAAAUCCAGGGUGGAAUGGAAGGUUCAAUGGGUCAAAGAUUGGGAAACAAAAAAGAUUUACGUGCCAGUGUGGAAAAAAGUAUGGUCUCCGGUAAAUAUUCGCGAAUGGUUCCCGCUUCCAAAACCUCCGAAAGAUUGGGAUCCACAUCCGCCGCAUCAUCCUGUACAACCCUCAACAGUCAAGUUAUAUUGAACAGAAUUACGUUGUACAACCACACUUUGUGCGCUUUAUUGUCUACUAUUGGAUCACAUUGAUUUUUUUAUUUAUAGUAAUUUAUUUUAUUUAUUAAUAAAAAUUCUUUAAAAACUGG